AUGAUUUAUUUAAACGUCUUGAUAAAAAAAGAAGAUUUUUUAAAUGAAUUUAAUUAUUUGGAAACAAUUCGUGAUAUAAAUCGUCAAUAUGAUGAAAUUGUUUUAACAAAUUGUAUAAUUGAUGAAAGAUUUUUUUUAGAAAAUAAAUUUCAAUUAAAUGACUUAUGUAAUUCAUUAAAUGAAAAUCAAUAUUCAAAAUCUUCUCAAAAUCUAACAUUAUUAACAGCAAAUCAACAUAUUACAUCGAAUGAUUAUCAAACAAUUUCUUUUAAUCAAUAUUUAACAUUCAUAUCUCAAGCUAAUCAAUUAAUUAAAUUAUUAUAUUCAAUUGUUCAACAACAACAAACAAAACCAACAAAUAAUCUUAUUUCAAUUAUUGGACAACAAACUUUUUUUAUCAAAUCGAACAUAAAAUAA